CCAUCCAUUGCAAAUUACUCCCAUCUUUACAAACGCUAGCUCUUCUCCUAAGCUCUAGCAGUUAACCAGAAAUAUUAGCAUAUAUACUUGCUAGUGACUAGGAGUAUAAAGUAUAAACAUAUAUACGCCAUGGCUUCCAAACCUUGCUCCACCCUCGCUCUUUUCCUCACGCUCAACCUCCUCUUCUUCUCACUUGUCUCUGCAUGCGGUACCUAUUCAUGCCCUGGUCCAAAGCCAAAGCCAAAGCCAAACCCUACCCCCAGUCCUAGUGGAUCGUGCCCCCGUGACGCACUCAAACUAGGUGUAUGCGCCAACGUGCUAAACGGCUUGCUCAACGCCACUUUGGGUCAACCACCGGUCACCCCUUGCUGCACCCUCCUCGACGGUCUCGUUGACCUUGAGGCUGCAUUGUGCCUUUGCACUGCCCUCAAAGCUAACAUUUUGGGCAUCAACCUUAACCUUCCCAUCUCACUCAGCUUGCUCCUCAAUGUUUGCUCAAGGAAAGUCCCGCAUGAUUUCCAAUGUGCCUAAUCAUAUCAUGCCAUCUACUUUUGCUUCGGAUUUGCUAGUCAUGUGGCUUUCUAUUUUUUUUUUUAUUGAAUUCGAUUGACCAGCGUGUGUGAUUCUUGUACGUGCAUGGACGGUUAACUUGUCGUUAUUCGUUCCUUUUAGUGUUUUUCAAUUGUAUGGCUAUUCACUAGAGUACUAGUGUUGCAAUGAAUAAAGUUUCGGUGCUUGCUUAUGUAAAUCGCAGGGGAGCCGAAGAUCGAAGAUGAUGAACUUGUGUGUUAUUUAUUUGAUUGAGAGGUGUUACUAUAUUACAAAAUAGUUCUUAGUUUAUUUCUGCCA